CAGAGAGUGAGAAACCACGGAGGGGAUUAACAUCAACCAACUUCCACCCAGGGGAAUAAUAGGGAAUGGUAGAAAAAGCUCAGGCAGAGCCAGAAGGGGAGUCAGGCAAGAGGAGAGAAGCAGUCAUCAGUGCCCAGCUGUCCAAGGACGACAUUCCUCCAAAUACCUGGACUGCUGGAAGGAUGGGAAGUCCCAAAAGCAUCAUCAGCCUGAAACCCGAGUGAGAGGAGAGUAGCCUCUGAAGAAUUGCCAAGAAAACCCCUGCUCCUUGGAAAGCUUCUGAGUCCUGAAGAAUCGCAAUGGAGAUAUGUAGCACGAACGAAAAUGUCUCCAAAUGCAGCUCAAACACCAUGUCCAUGGAAUGCUUCAUGGUCCUUAGCACUCCAGCUCAGAAAAUAGGUAUCACUGUGCUGUGCUGCUUCUUUGGGAUUCUGUGCAUUUUUGAGAACUCUUUGGUGUUGUAUUUGAUAUUUUCCUCCAUCAAGAUCAGGAGAAAACCUUCCUAUGUCUUCAUCAGCAGCCUGGCCCUAGCUGAUCUCUUGGCCAGCAUUAUUUUCGUUGUCAGUUUUGUUAAAUUCCACGUUUUCAAAGUGACUGACUCUAAAGACAUCUUCUUGCUGAAACUUGGAGCAGUCAACACAUCCUUCACAGCUUCCCUGGGCAGCUUGCUGCUGAUGGCAUUGGACCGAUAUGUCUGUAUCUGCAGGCCGUCGGAGUACAAGAUCAUCAUCACAAAGAAGGCGGCUUUGGUGGCACUGGCUGUGCUGUGGAUGACUACCAUGGUCAUCGCCUUCCUGCCUCUCAUGGGAUGGAACUGCUGCACCCUAAACUCAACCUGCUCAGAACUGUUCCCCUUUGUUGAUGACAAGUAUCUGUCGGGCUGGAUUUCCCUGGUGAUGAUUCUGCUCGUGUGCAUCAUCUAUGCCUACAUGCACGUGCUGUGGAAGGCUCACAAACAUACAGCGUACAUGGAGAAGCACCAAACGCAGGCUGUGCAGCAGAAUGCCAAGAUGAGGCUGGAUGUCACCCUUGCUAAGACAUUAGCUAUCGUCCUUACUGUUCUCAUGGUGUGCUGGUCCCCCGUGCUGGCUCUGAUGACGUACAGUGUUUUUGUCAACUUAAAUAAUCGCAUCAAGAAGGUGUUUGCUUUCUGCAGCACCCUCUGCCUGGUGAACUCCAUGGUGAAUCCCAUUGUCUAUGCCCUCCGGAGCAGGGAGCUGCGCUCUUCCUUGAGGAAUGCCUGCUCGUGGUGCAGGAAGAAGCUGAAGAUCCCAGGGAGCAGCCAGGAAGUGGACAGCAUUCAAAAGUUGUCCACAAUAGGAACCGUCUGUGAAGACGCUGGGUGCAGCACCGAUUGGCCACAGCUCAAGUCUGAGCUCUGAUGGGUGAAAAAUAUGAUGGAAUUUGCGUUGCCAUUUUUUUUUCUUUUAAAAUGAAGAAAAUCUAAUGCUGCUUUUCAGAGGAGGAUCCCAGGAGAAUGAGUGACCAAAUGACUAGUGUGGGCAGUGGAGCCAGCAGGCUGGGAAGUUAAUAGUUAACAUUUGCAGACGGUUGUGCGUGGGGCUGUUCACAGCAAGUAAAAUACAUAGCUGCCGCCACAGAGAGCAGAUAUACCCACCGUAGCAAAGGCAGGACCAGCUCUGCCGUUGACAUCCCAGGGCAGGUGCCACCAGAGAGGAUGCAGUAAUGGGCACUCUACAAACUCCAUUCCCAAAUGGAUGCAUAAAUUGGACAAUCACCUAAAGUAGCAGUUUGCAGUAUAUUAGGGCCACUGUCCCUGACUUCUCAGCUGUGCCAGGCACUGAUGUCCUUAAUAUAUUCUUGCACUCUGAUUUCCUUAAGACUUAAUGUGCUGUCUUGUUCAGCCUGUACUACCACUCAACUGCAGGAUCAGCCAUUCAGACCUCUCUUCUCUGUUCCAGUCACUGGCAUCUUCAGUUCUUAUCCCACUUCAUUCAUGUCUUUCUGUCCCUCUCAGUCUUGGCCUCUCUCUUCUCUUCCUCCCUUUUUGUCUCCAUCAUUCUUCUUCCCUAUGCAAGGGAUGUCCUGGCUAUCCCCACCUCACGUACAGUCAUUUCCUGAUGUCACAAGUCUGUACGGAUCUCUGCACGAAAUACCCAGUGUUCACCUCCUCAUGCUCAUCUGCUUGCUCAAUUACCCUCCCAUCCUUCCUUCCCAUUGCCUGUUUCUACUCGGUGUAGUAACACAGACAUGACCAGUACCGGGGAGAUCUUGAUUGUCAGCUCCCUUGGCAUCUUUUUGUCAUGCGUUGUUUCAUAGCUGUCUUAACUGUUUCAUGUAACUGUCCAAUACCUGAAUGCCCGUUCCAGGUUCAGGAUCGCCCUUUCCUAUCCUUCACCGUUCUGUCUUUCCAUUCAACCUUGCAACUCCUUUUUCCCCACUGUUUAUUUAUAGAUCCCAUUUCUAUGGGUGUUUCUUAAAGCUUAAUUCUGGUCCAGGCAAAAUGUGCUUCGACCUACAUGACACCCUUGACAGUGACCUCAGACACCGAGUACUUGACAAAGAUCUUCCCCUUCACAGUGUUACAACAAAUCCUAUUGCCAUAUACACCCCAUUACUAACCUAUGGCCAGUUGAGAUAUUAUAUGAUAAGCCACUGUAAUGCUAAGACUGUAAUAUUUUGUAUGCAGUUAGGGUUCAGUCCUCCCAGGGACUAAGCACCUCUGAGAGUCCAUGAGAGACCUGCACUCCCAUUAAUCUGAGUAGCAGCUGAGCACUUUGCAGGAUCAAGGCUGUACUGUUUGGGACUUUCCUCACAUGUCCAGAAACUGUGUGUGUGAAAUAUCUUUCCAAAAGAGAAAACCGAGUAUGUUCGCUACUCAUCAAACUAGUAAGACAUAUUCCACCCAUUGCACUGGGUUUGCACCAAAGGAGAGUUUAGCUCUCAGGUUGGCACUCUUGUUAGAGCUAUUUUAAGAAAGCACUAGACUGCUUUGUUCAGAAACGCCAGACAUGACAUGGCCAGGUUUUGACUUGGUAAUAAUCAUAGAAAAUGAGGGUUGGAAGUGACCACAGGAGGUCACAUCUAGUCCGACCCCCCGCCCAAGAAGAUCAUCCCAGCCAAGGCUUUGUCUAGUCGGGUCUUAAAAACCUCUUA